GCGAAAAGGGGGAUUUUCUUGCUUUUUUUCCUUGACAGGCGAAUGACAACACCACCACGGCCCUCUUCCUUCAUCGCAGCUGGUUACAAACGCUCUAGAAAAGUGGUUUGUAGCUAGAGAAUACUUCAUUUAUGUGCCACUGGGAGCGACAGGAGGAUGGCAGAUGACAAGGACGUGCUGCGGGAUGUUUGGUUUGGUCGGAUUCCGACCUGCUUCACACUUUACCAGGAUGAGAUCACAGAGAGAGAGGCUGAACCCUUCUAUCUCCUCCUGCCAAGGGUGAGCUACCUGACUCUGGUCACAGACAAGGUGAAAAAGCACUUCCUGAAGGUCAUGAAGGCCGAAGACGUAGAGGAGAUGUGGUUUGAUUUCGAAGGAACGCCACUCAAAUGGCACUAUCCAAUCGGAUUGCUGUUCGACCUACAUGCCUCCAACACUGCCCUGCCAUGGAGUAUCACUGUGCACUUUAAGAAUUUCCCAGAGCGUGACCUGCUCCACUGCCCCUCUAACUCUGUGAUCGAGGCCCACUUCAUGUCCAGCAUCAAGGAGGCGGAUGCCCUCAAACACAAGAGCCAGGUCAUCAACGACAUGCAGAAGAAAGACCACAAGCAGCUGUGGAUGGGUCUUCAGAACGAUAAGUUUGACCAGUUCUGGGCCAUGAACCGUAAGCUGAUGGAAUACCCCACUGAGGAGGGAGGCUUUCGCUACAUCCCCUUCAGGAUAUACCUGACGAUGAGUGACAGGCCAUUCAUCCAGAAGUUGUUUCGCCCCAUCUCGUCCGACGGCUACACACACACGCUGGGGGAUCUGCUGAAGGAGGUGUACCCCGUGGCUAUACCCAACGACGACGAGUCCAAGCGCUACCAGGUGGUGAUCCAUGGAAUUGAGCCCCUGCUGGAGACCCCGUUGCAGUGGCUGAGCGAGCACCUCAGUCACCCUGAUAACUUCCUCCACAUCAGUGUCAUACCCGCGCCUAGCGACUGACACCCCUGGCAAAGUUUGGUAACACUCUGCAACUAGGAACGUUGCAAACUCCGAACGGACUCUUUAGAGAGCAGGAAAACCCACGUGACUGGGGGGGGGGGGGGGGGGGGGGGGGGAGUGACGCAAUCGCAGUGUGACGUCAUCUCAUUCAACUUGUCUCAAAAAGGAGCCCACCAGGAGAAAAUGUACCCUUCUGUUCUCCAUCUCUUUUCCUCUCCUCCUUCGCCCUCUGUCUCUUUUGGACCAUUAUGUGUUUGGGGAAAGUUGUUCCGCCCAAAAUGUGGAAGGCCAAGCUGAAAGAGGGCUGAUCCGUUUAAAAAGAGAGGCAGCAAGAUGCCGCUUACCACCUCCUCUCUCCUCUUCCUCCUCCUAGAGAAAGAGACAGAGCCCCGACAUGCCUAGUGGGACACCCUACAAACAGAAGUUGCCUUAGUUUUCCCGAGUCACAUCAUGCGCUACACGACUGGACGUUCAUAAAGUCACACUGAGUUUACAUGGUUGUACUGUAUGCCACUGAGGAGUGAAAGGGGAUUUUUAAAGACACUUCUUCAUUCUUUCUCUCACUGUAUUUUUAUAUUCUCCAUCUUCCUCACUGUAUUUCCUGUCUCUUUCUUCUCUCUCUUCCUCCCCCUCUUUCUCUCUCGUGUCAUUUACUGCCGAUGCUCUCUCAUCUCCAUAGCUAAUUUAUCUAUUGGAAUUCCUUCUGCUACUAAUGAGACCGCUAAACUUCUCUCCAUGCCAAGCCUUGGGGUUGUGUGUGUGUGUGUUGUAAUUAGAGACAUACUUUAAAGUCUCCUAGAGGGGGUGAGGAAGGUGUGAAGAGUACGGAUGGAAUCAUGUCUGUCUUCUCUCUUCCGUGUCAAAGGGAAACGGAGCCAGACAUGUAAUUUGGAGUGUGUUGCAGUCGAAGGGGAGGGAAACUUGUGAUGUCACACCUGUCUUAGCACGUCGGGCUUCCUCAUUCGCCACCUAGGAUGAUGGGAGAGGGGAGUUUACAGCUCUGAGUCAGGGCUGGGCUCGACGUGGGGUACUGUCUGAGGGGUAGGCAUGUGCAUACGUGUGUGUAUGUACAUGUCUGUAUGGGUACUUUUUACACAUUUUGUUGUUACAAAGUGGGAUUAAAAUGCAUUUCAUUGUCAUUUUUGGUCAAUGAUCGACACAAAACACUGUAAUGUCAAAGUGGAAGACAAAUUGUAACAUUUAUUAACAAAAUACAAAAAAAUUAAACUACUAUAUCUUGAUAAGUAUUCUCCCCUCUGAAACUACAUGUUAGAAAUGCCUGUGAGUCUUUUUUGGCUAAGUAUAUAAGAGCUUUACACACCUGAAUUGUACACUAUUUGCCCAUUAUUCUUAAAAAAUUAUUCAAGCUCUGUCAAGUUGGUUGUUGAUCAUUGCUAGAAAGCCAUUUUUAUGCCUUGCCAUACAUUUUCAAGCAGAUUUAAGUCAAAACUGUAACUAGGCCACUCAAGAACAUUCACUGUGUUCUUGGUAAACAACUCCAGUGUAGAUUUGGCUUUGUGUUUUAGGUUCUUGUUCUGCUGAAAGGUGAGUUUGUCUCCCAGUGUCUGUUGGAAAGAACAUUGAAUCAGAUUUAGCCUGUGCUUAGCUGUAUUCUGUUUCUUUUUAUCCUAAAAAACUCCCUAGUCCUUGCUGAUGACAAGCAAACCCAUAACAUGAUGUAGCCACCACAAUGCUUGAAAAUAUGGAGAUUGGUACUCAGUAAUGUGUUGUAUUGGAUUUGCCCCAAACAUAACGCUUUGUAUUCAGGACAAAAAGUACAUUUCUUUGCCACAUUUUUUGCAGUAUUAUUUAAGUGCCUUGUUGCAAACAGGAUGCGUGUUUUAGAAUAUUUUUAUUCUGUACAUGCUUCUUUGCACUCUGUCAUUUAGGUUAGUAUUGUGGAGUAAUUACAAUGUUGUUGAUCCAUCCUCAUUUUUCUCAUAUCACAACCAUUAAACUCUGUAACUGUUUUUAAAUCACCAUUAGCCUCAUGGUGAAAUCCCGGAACAGUUUCCUUCCUCUCCGGCAAUUGAGUUAGGAAGGACACCUGUAUCUUUGUAGUGAUUGGGUGUAUUGAUACACCCUCCAAAGCCUAAUUAAUAACUUCACCAUUCUCAAAGGGAUAUUCAGCGUCUACUGUACCAAUCAGUGCCCUUCUUUGCGCGGCAUUGAAAAACCUCCCUGUCUUUGUGGUUGAAUUUCUGCUUAAAAUGUCCUACUCGAUUGAGGGACAUUAGCUAAAUGUAUGUGGGGUACAGAGAUGGGGGUAGUCAUUCAAAAAUCAUGUUAACCAUUAUUACUGAACACAGAAUGAGUCCAACUUAUGUGACUUGUUAGGCUAAUUUUAACUCCUGAACUUGUUUAGGCUUGCUAAAACAAAGGGGUUGACUCAAAACAUUUGAUUUAAAAAAAUAUAUAUAUAUAUAUAAUUCCACUUUAACAUUAUGGGUUAUUGUGUGUGACACAAUCUCAAUUUAAUAGCUAAAUGUGGAAAAAGUAAAGGGAUGUGAAUACUUUCUGAAGGCACUGUGUGUGUGUGUGUGUGUGUGUGUGUGUGUGUGUGUGACUGCACACAGCGGACACAGACUUUUGACUCCGUCACAAAGACACACGCCGAUGAUGAAAAGCAGAGCUAGACUCUCAUCUUUUGCUGACAUAUUUGUCUUGUUGGGAUUUCCCAGUCAACCUAUUGGAUUGAGUUGCUCAAUACUGACAGCUCUGGCUGUAUCUCUAUUGCAGAGCUUUUAAAUAUCUCUGUUGCAUGUGUAUACUGCCAUUCCUCCUCCAAGCCCUUGGCAGCAUGUCUCGCAACUCACCCAAAGGGAUCCUCGGCAAUCAUUUAUUUUUCAUUACGAUGGGGAAGUACAGGUAACUGCCACAAUAAAGGAAACCCCAACAUAAAGUGUCGUAAUAGGGCGUUGGGCCACCAGAACAGCUUCAGUGCACUUUGGCAUAGAUUCUACAAGUGUCUGGAACUUUAUUGGAGGGAUGCGACACCAUUCUACCAUGUGAAAUUCCAUCAUUUGGUGUUUUGUUGGUGGUGGUGAACGCUGUCUCAGGCGCCACUACAGAAUCUCCCAUAAGUGUUCUUUAAACCCCCUAUGCUUUUUUCAGACCCUCUUUCAGUCUCUGAGAUUUGAUUAAUUUAGCAGAUGCUCUUUUUCAGAUCUCUUCUAGCCUUGGUAGCCAAAAUAAUGGGUAACUGGGCAUUUUUAUACAUGACCCUGAGAAUGAUGGGAUCUUAAUUAACUCAGGAACCACACCUGUGUGGAAGCGCCUGCUUUCAAUAUACUUUGUAUCCCUCAUUUACUCAAGUGUUUCCUUUUAUUUUGGGAGUUACCUAUAUAUGGGACACAAUGUCUGACCCCAGUUCUCCAAUUGUCCCUCUGUUCCCCAGGUCAUCACUUAGUUCAUCCUGUUGUGGUUGUUGUCCUGUUUUAAUUCAUGGCCAUAUCCCCCCCCGCCCCUUAGAAAUCAGACCGUGAUGCGUCAUUAAGGCUGAGAUGGCAACGAAAGGUCAGAGGUCACUGGGCAGGUCACUGGGCAUACUCUGUACUUAGGCAGUGUGAUGAUUGAUGUUUGUGUUUUUUUUGUUGCUUUCACCACCAUCAACAACAACCCCAAAUGCUCCCCCAAUGUGUUCCAACAAUAGCCAAACCCUUACUGUCCUAGUCAUUGGCACUAGAUUCCGUGAAACCGAGCUCUCACACACACACACACACACAUUUGUUUGUGUUUAACACGUUACAGGGGUCUGAGAGCAGUCAGAGGGUAUCAGACACAUGAGAGUGAUUAGUAAUUUAGAGGAAUCCAUGACUGUAUUCCCUCCAUGCUGCAUCCCCGUGGGAUAGAGAGCAAGAUCAGGGAGAGAGGAUGAGUGCAUGGCUGAGGUGGCCAACGGGCCUUUUCUCGGCACAAGCUCACUAAGGGGAAUUUUCUGCUCUAUAUUUCUACAUUUGGACUCUGAGCUUAUUUACAAAUACUGUAGUUUUCCUUACACCACACACACACACACUAGUCAAUAUGCAAACAAGGGUUCUGAGGUACUUUUCCGUCCCUCUGCUGUUUGUCUUUUCUCCCUCUACUUUCUCUUGGUGACAGCAAUCAUACUUACAGCACAGGUACAAACAGAACCAUCCAGUCAGUGGAAGCGUUACUAAUGAAAUAUUUCUUGAUUAGCGUAGGCGAUCUUCAACUAUAAGAUCUUACCUGGAUUCAGCGGUUUUCUCACUUUUAACUCUGCAACAAACAACAAAACUCUGCAUUCUUUUUCUGUUUUUUAAUUUUCUUUCUCUCCAAAUACACUAUUUUGCAGUGGCUUUUCUUUCAUUUGCUACUUACUGCAAUGAUUACAAUACAAUGCUGUAAAAAUGUUUUUGUGUAGAAUUAAAAAUGAAAUUGUUUUAUACUGUAGUUCUGGGCUAUGCCUGUCUUUGUGUUCCUGUUCUGGUUUGAGUUAUCAUGAUUGGGGUUGUUAUGCGUCUUAUUUCUGCAUCAAAUGUUUUUACUUCUAUAUGAGAACCUAAUCUGCCAGAGUUUGUCUUUGUCAUUUAUUGGUGUUUAUUUGAGAUUCAGAGGGUGGUAAAGGGUGUACAAAAUGUAUCUGAGAAUCGUAGACUAUUAGUUUUAUUUUCAAUCCUUUAAAAAAAUAGCUUCAGCCCGUUUCUGAAUCAC